GCGGGAGAAGCGCUUCCGGUGGCGGUGGCGGCGGCGCGGCGCGGAGCGGGAGCUGCGGGCGGCGGCCCCCCGGGGGAAGCGUGCGAGACGAUGUCUGGGGCACUCCCACUCAACAUUAACAUCCACGAGCCUCGAUGGGACCAGAGCACUUUCAUUGGUCGGGCCAAUCACUUCUUCACCGUCACCGAUCCCAGGAACAUUCUGCUCACCAACGAACAACUAGAGAACGCAAGAAAAAUAGUCCACGAUUACAGACAAGGAAUUGUUCCUCCAGGUCUCACGGAAAAUGAGUUGUGGAGAGCGAAGUACGUGUACGACUCGGCAUUUCACCCUGACACCGGGGAGAAGAUGGUGCUGAUCGGCAGGAUGUCGGCCCAGGUGCCCAUGAACAUGACCAUCACGGGCUGCAUGAUGACGUUUUACAGGACGACGCCGGCUGUGCUGUUCUGGCAGUGGAUUAACCAGUCCUUCAACGCCGUGGUCAAUUACACCAACAGGAGUGGAGACGCGCCCCUCACUGUGAACGAAUUGGGAACAGCUUACGUUUCUGCAACGACGGGUGCUGUGGCAACAGCUUUGGGACUUAAUGCACUCACCAAGCACGUGUCACCCCUGAUCGGACGCUUUGUUCCCUUCGCUGCCGUGGCCGCGGCGAACUGCAUUAACAUCCCAUUAAUGAGGCAAAGGGAGCUCAAAGUGGGCAUUCCCAUCACCGACGCAAACGGGAAGCGCUUGGGUGAAUCGGCAAACGCCGCCCAGCAAGCCAUCGCCCAAGUUGUCAUCUCCCGGAUCCUCAUGGCGGCCCCCGGCAUGGCCAUCCCUCCGUUCAUCAUGAACGCCCUGGAGAAGAAAGCCUUCCUGAAGAGGUUCCCGUGGAUGAGCGCGCCUAUUCAGGUUGGACUAGUCGGCUUUUGUUUGGUGUUUGCGACGCCCCUGUGCUGCGCCCUAUUUCCCCAGAAGAGUUCCAUGUCUGUGACGAGCCUGGAGGCGGAGCUGCAGGCCCAGAUCCGGGAGGCCCAUCCUGACCUACGGCGCGUGUACUUUAACAAGGGCUUGUAAAAUUGGGGAGAGACGCCCCCACAGCUGCUCCUGCCACGUCACUGGGGAAAGCCCCAUCCGACCUGAGUGCUCCCAGGUGCACACGUCCACGUUAGCCCCUUAGAAUCAAGCUGCUAAACUUCUAACUCGGCACCUGUAGGCUCCCUUAUGUUUGACUCAUGUUAUGAUUUACAGAAUAACCUUCCCGUGGCUGUUAUCAAAAUUGUUUUUCAAAGAUGAUAUCCCAGCCCUCACCUAGGGUUCCCAGAAACAGCACUGUGAGGCAUAGAGCAGGGGGUUGGGAUAGACUCAGCAAAUAUUUAGUGAUGCUCCAUCCGUGGAUAGGGAAUCGUUAAAGUACCGAAUGUUCAUCCCAUUCCUGUUUCCAAUCCGGGAAAUCUCAGCAUUGACUUGGAAAAAUACAAAAGCCUCGAGGCUAACCUGAGAAAACUUGGGCUUAAACAGCAACAGCGGUUGGCUUCCAAGUGUGGGCAGUGGGCAGUGGGCAGGCCCGAGGUAGAUGAUGAAGCCUGGGGGUUCAUUGUGCAAACGAUGCUGUCGUUGGGAAAGCCAGCCACCAUCCUCGCUGGCCCCGGAGCGUGCGUGGGGGCUGUCAGUGGAUGUCCCUGGCCGGCUUCCAUCUAGUGUCCUGCAUCCUUCGGAAACUUCAUCUCACCGGGCUGCUGUUUCCUUCUCUAGUCAGAGAGUCCCUGAAGAGCUGAAUCGGACCCAUGUCAGCGUUUGGCAGCGCAGCUCAUACCAGCGCUCCGUGGUCGGGGCUCACGCUGCCUUGUUGGGUUCUUUUCUUUUUCUUUUUUUUUUUUCAAGUGAGACCCUGGUUGCAGCUGCCAGUGUUGUCUUUUCUCCUAGGCGCGUGACUCUGAGAAAGAUACUGAGAUAAGCUGUGUGUGAGUCAGUAAAGGAACGCUGUGUGUCAUGCCCCGCCCCGCCCCGCCCCGGAAACCACGGAGCACCCUUGGCGGCAUGGGCGGUGACCUCACACGAAUAAUGGAUAUGGGGCCACCAGGAGUGGAUGUGCAACAUCCCAGGUGCGCCACCGAGAUCCCUGUAAUUCCGAGACCCUAAGUGAGAAGCAUCGCUAGAAACUGCUCAGCCUUGACCGUGUGCCCAGACGGAACUCUCAUAAACAGAGCGUGCGUGCCUUG